AGUAUUCUGACAAUCGACAUUGCCCUGUCCGCUCUCUGAUCUCUGCUCCUCGUUUUCAUCGCGUCUCACGCUAUUUGAUUGAUCUGUGUCGAUUGUGUCUCUCGGAAGGGUCACCUGGUCUUAGGCGCUGGGCCUUGUUACGCGAUGACCUGGUCUGAUCGUGGCAGCCAACAGCGGCUCCAGCUGAUCCGCCGUUGGGCAAACUUGACUCGCUGGGCUGUUUAGUUUGUUGACUAGUUGGACUCCAUCUGAAUGCGCCAAGAGCUGGCCGGCCGUGAUCAAGGUCCAUCCCCAGCCGCAAGGCAUAAAUAGCCGACGGGCAAGCUCCAGGGACUGGAGCUUUUCUGGUCGUCAAGCACGGCGUCAUGUUCGCACAUUCAUGUGCGGUUAUCUAGUUGACUCUAUAGUUAACUAGCUGUUUCCCCAGCACACAGAUCAUACCAUCGUCUUCCUACUUUUGAGUUCUGGUAUUAUAUACAUAACUGCUCUGUAGGGCUCUAAUUUCUUCCGCAUUGCGAAAGGAGCCCCGAUUGUCGAAGACCGUACCAAUUAUCCCAGAUGGAGGCUCUUUCUCAGCCCACCGGCUCGGUGAAAUCCGUAGUCGUCGAGGAGCCACCUCUUAAACCCCCUUUCUCGCGUGAAGCCGUGCCCAGCGACCUUGCAGUUCUUUCAGAAGUCAUGAGCUCACUCCCGACGAUUUCACGGACACGGCUCCACGAUGCAUUCCUCACCGAAACCGACGUAGCCAGCUAUCUCCAACGAGACUUGGAUCUUUCCCGUCUCAACAGGAUUCACAAUAUUCUCUGGAUGGCUGGGCGUCCCAUCAAUGCUCGUCCGUUACACCGCCAGCGGAUGAUGGGCCUCGAGAUCAUCCCUACAGAACAAUCCGACCUCCACCUCCUCAAAUUCUCAAACCAUCUUCUUGUGAAGCCUCUUCCAUCUUACCUACUUAACCACGAUUUCUGGACGAAACAUCUCUGUUCGUCCAAAGAGCUCCACGAGUCCGCAUCGGGCCUCCUAGUUUCCUAUAUAUGGCUCAUCUGCUCCCCUAUAGAUCUGAAAGUCGCGCAAGACCACCAGCUCCUCCCUUCCAACCUCGCCUGGACCUGGUGGAAAUCUUUUGUCGACGAUGUAUUCAAGCACAUCAACAUCAACGCUCUCGACACCGUCAAUAAACGAUAUCACUUCGGUGAACUUCGCCUUAACCGCAUAAACUCCAUCUACCGCGUCCGGUUCUUCUUCACGCACUUUAUCCGCGGCUACUUGUACGGAUACAACCGCUACACGGUCUUCUUCGAGCGCAAUUUUGGCUGGAUACUAGUGGUUUUUGUGUAUUUCUCGCUUGUGCUGUCUGCCAUGCAGGUGGCAAUGGAUGUUCCGGGCCUUCAGGAUAACACGGAUUUUGUGAAUGCGACGUACGGUUUCGUUAUCUUCUCGAUUGUAAUAGUUGCUUUCUUCUUGGGUUUGGUGGCGCUCAUUUUCACCUCGAUAUUCUUGUAUAAUAUGGGUGCGGCUAUAAGCGACGAUAGGGAGAAAAGAUUGCGGAGGGAGAAGCUGUCGAGGGAAAGGAUUAUAUAGUUCUCGGCCACUGGGGCUAUUUUUUCUACAUCUAAAACGCUGGAUAUAAUGGUUAACGACGCUUGGAUGAAAUGAUAUC